UUUCUUUAAUGGAUCAGCUUCGGGCCUGUUUUCCUUGCUUCCAUGGCGCUGCUCACGAAAGCGACAAUGAAGAAGACCAACGUGCACCAGAACUAGAUGGUUUAUUGUUCAACUCUGAAAAUGAGCAAACUGGUGCAGAAGCAGACGCAAUGUCCUUGCACUCCAAUGUCGGAAGACAUGGACAGUCUAAUCGGAGACGGGUUCGACAAAAGGGCUCUUCCAAACCAAAGACCAUCCGGCUCUUCGGCUAUAAUCUUUUUGGACGAAGAUCAACCAAUCCUCCUUCUCCCUCUCAGUCAGAAGACGAGGCUCCCGCAUUUGAAGGCCACCAAAGAAUCCGGACCAUCUCUGGCGCUUCAUUGGACCCAGACGCGACCCCUUUACCGGAUUCUGCGAUCGACAGCAUAUCUCGUGGCGUGAAUGUAUGGACCUCGUCACUAACAGAUGAGCAAAUAGCUCAGGAGGAAGAGGAGCAGCGAGAGAGGGAGGAAAGGCGCGCUAGAAGAGCUGCCCGUCGUCUGCGGAAGCAACAGCUUGCUGAAUCUGCGGAUGUUCAAAAUGAGGGUGCAGUGUUCGAAGGGUUUCCUGGUGGGGAUGGGACUCUUGCGCGUGACUCGUUUCGUCCAUCGUUGCAAGAAUUGGAGUUUGACACCCACGAGUUUGGCCCAUAUGUCGAGGCACACGGGACAAACGCUCUCCCCGAGCAAGAGGAGCCCGACGAGGAAGUGGACGUUGGCGGGGAGUAUAAUCGCAGGUCAAGGUCGAGCACCAAAUACGGAUCUGGGGACGGAAGUAGCUCGUGGUCACGGUCGCACGCUUCUUCUGCUCUUACAGAUGGAUCCCUCUUUGUGCCUCUCGCCUCAAGCUCAAGGCGGCCAGCCAAUCUUAAUCUUAUCCAACAACGGCAGGCCCCUCAUAACGUUCCACUCCCUCCUUCCUCUGUGGGCUCUUCAGACGGACGUCGCACGCGGAAAUCCAAAUCAGCUAACCACGCUCGUUCGCCAUCCUCCGCAUCGACUUCUCAGCCAUCAUCUAUCCCUUCUCCCAUUGAACCCUACCCAUACAACCCCCAGAUCAGGGGCGAUGAUUACGGGGAAGGUGUGACGGUUAGUACGCAAGAUCACAGUUUCCCCAGUGCCGGUUUCACGAUACCGAAAACCGGGAGACAAGGCUUGCAGGCCAGUCAGGGUGUCGCCUUGGCCUGGAAUGGUGAUUUAUAACGGGGCCUUCACGUUGAAAUGGUUUCACGAGUCAUUCGGGUUUCAUGAUAUUAGUAUUACCAACUCCUCUUGAUGUUACACUACUCGUACAGAGAACACCUGAUGAGACUUAUAUAAUAGGCAGUCUAUACGCGUUUGAACGCUUCGACAAAUUUCAUGGCGGCAUUACCAGUCUGUUCGUCGAUGAAUUGCCCGAUCUCGUCGGCUCCUCGAGUGUUUUCGAUUGCUCUGGCGACACUCCAUGCAAGGAAGUCGGACUGUGAGCCCUCCCACCUCCGCUUUUCAGGGUCUCUUUGUCCA